CCGCAUGCGCGCGAAUGCUUUGCAUUCUGCCUCGCCGCGUGGAGAGGGCAACAGCGGACAGCGGCGCCGGUGACGACUGACAGACAGCGCGCUUCGCGGUGGUGGCCGAGCAGUGAGCACAGACCGCAGCUUUCUACUGUCCUACACGCAGGUUCCACGGUCACGCGAUGGGGUCGGUGCCGCAGCUGUCGGUGCUGCGCGGUGAGGUGCGUGAAGACGACGCGUCGGCCGGCGCGCUUCUGCACCGCAUACUGGAGGAGACGGCGGCCAGGGCAGACGCUAACCAGGUGGCGCUGGUGUGUCCCGGCUCGGUAGAGGAUGGUGAGGCGGGCAGUGCGGCAGUGGCGCUGCGCGCUCUGGACGAGGCGGCGUCGCGCGUGGCGCGCGCGCUGGUGCGGCGGGUGCAGGGAGCCACUGGCGCGGGGCCCAACGGCGACGGCGACUGGCUGGUGGCGGUGGACAUGCGGCCGCGCGCCGGACUCGUCGUGGCGCUGCUGGCCGCCUGGAAGGCGGGCGCCGCCUACCUGCCGCUGGGGCCCGGCUUCCCCGCCGCGCGAGUCCACCACAUCCUGCGUGAGGCGCGGCCCGCCCUCGUCAUAGCCGACGCCGUGGACACGGACGUGCUGGGCGGCUACAGCGCGGUGAGUUUCAGCGAGUUGGAGCGCGAGGCGGCCGAGCUGCCUGGGGACCCCCUCAGUGACGCAGAGACCCUGCAGAACAAGGAGCGCCGACACGAGUCGCCUCUGGCGCUGGUGCUCUACACGUCCGGCAGCACCGGCGUCCCCAAAGGAGUGCGCCUGACGCACGCCACGGUGCUGAACCGCCUGCGAUGGCAGUGGCGGACGUUCCCGUUCUCAGAGGGGGAGACGUGCGCCUUCAAGACGGCGCUCAGCUUCGUGGACCACGUGGCCGAGCUGUGGGCGCCGCUGCUGCAGGGACGGCCUCUCGUCGUCGUGCCCGCACCCGUCACCAAGGACCCCCAGCGGCUCGCGCUCCUGCUACACGACCACCAGGUGAGCCGCCUGGUUCUGGUGCCAUCGCUGCUGCGCGCGCUGCUGCUCUACUUGGAGCUGCAGCCGCGAGGAGCGCUGCUGUCGCAGCUGCGGCUGUGGGUAUGCAGUGGCGAGAGCCUGCCCGCCGAGCUGGCGAGGCUCUUCUUCCGCCGCUUCCCCGGGCACACGCUCGCCAACUUCUACGGCAGCACCGAGGUCAUGGGUGACGUCACCUACCACCUGCUGCGCUCAGAAAUGGACCUGCAGCUCUUCGACAAGGUCCCCAUAGGUGUUCCAGUGGACAACACUUUGGUGUACGUGGUGGACACUCAGUUCCGGCCGGUGCUGGCUGGUGAUGCGGGGGAGGUGCUUGUGGCUGGACGCAAUCUGGCGGCUGGCUAUGUGGGCGGCAGAGACCCACACCGCUUCGUCGCAAACCCACUUGCUGUUGACAGGGAUUAUUCUCGUCUCUAUCGAACUGGAGACUAUGCCAGAGUCAUUAAAGGUGUGCUCAUCUAUGAAGGAAGAACAGAUUCCCAAAUAAAAGUCAGAGGACACAGAGUCGACAUUUCUGAGGUUGAGAAAGCAGUCAAUUCUGUCCCAGGGGUAGAUAAAGCCGUUGUAUUAUGUUAUAAACCUGGAGAACUUAAUCAGGCCCUUCUAGCAUUUGUAACAGUUAGCGAAGAAAAUCCAUUGACUGCAAGUGAAAUUAAGGACACACUAAAUGGUUAUCUUGCUCCAUAUAUGAUGCCAGAGGUUUUAGUCAUUGACAGUAUCCCAUUACUUGUGAAUGGCAAGACAGACAGGCAACAGCUGCUACGUGAUUAUGAGGAAAUCUGUGUCAAUGGUUCCCAAACUGUCACAUCUGAAAUUGAUUACUCAGGAGUACCAGAGAAACAAAUGAAUGCAGCAGUAGUGCUUUUUGAAACUGUUGCAGCUGUUCUUGGCAAUCCUGUAAAUGCAAAGCUGAGUCUUGAAUCAAAUUUUUAUGAAGUGGGUGGAAACUCUUUGAAUUCUGUGUACCUUGUAACCAGGCUGAGAGAUCGAGGAUACAUUAUUGGUAUAUCCGACUUCAUUUCUGCCAAGAGCUUUGCAGAAGUGCUAGACCGUAUGUCUCCAGAGGAUGAAAGCACUAACUCGACUACUUUGGCUACUAAGUCCACUGCACUGUCAAGAUAUAGAUCAAGAAUGCUUGCAAAUCCAUACAAAGCCGAUGUUGCCAGGAUGGUCACUGACAGUUUCUAUGAAAAAGCUGACUUGGAGCAGUGGCUAGUACCACGCAUUCCCAGAAGUGAUUAUGAGAAUCUAGUUGACGCUUUGUGGCAACCACUUGUAGAAAAGAACUACAGUUUCAUUGUUGAAAAUGAAAAUGGUGAACCAGUUGGAGUAGCAUUUAACUUUGAUGCACAUGACGAACCACCUGUUGAAAUACAUAGUGACCUCAUUAUUGUAUUUGAUUUUCUGGAAUAUUUGGAAGGGCCACUGAGGGAUCGACAACUACCACAAGGUAAGGGUCAAGUACUGCACAGUUUCAUGAUGGCCACAAAUCAUUCCUUGAGCUAUCAACAAAAUGUUGAAGUCAUACAAUUUAUGGAAGAGGAAGUUAUGAGACUAGCCAGGAACAGAGGAUUUGCUGGAGUAUUUACAACCAACACAAGUCCACUAACACAGCAACUUGGAACUGAUGUGUAUGAUUACAAAGUCCUACUCGACUAUCAGGUAAACACUUAUGUGGCCCCUGAUGGGUCAAAACCAUUUGGAGAGGCUCCUGACUGGCAAAGGGCUGUCUGCUCUUGGAGACCUGUUUGAGGAGCAGGGUAACAACUGCAGUUUUUGAACAAAGCUUCAGAACUUGCACAAAAAGACUGCACUGCGCAUCAUCAUCAUCAUUUGUAAAUUACUCCUGCUCCAUAAUGUACAUACAAUAAAAUAUUAGCAGUGAUGAAGCAGUAUGCUGUAGACAUUAGACAAAUUGACAAAGGUACUAAUUAAAUGUAUCCUGCACAGAUGUAUACACACUUCUUUUGAAAAUCUUCAGUAGUUUUUUAAAUGUGUUACAAAAUUGUGUGACAAAGUAUCUAUAAGUACAAGUUAAGAACUUAAAGAUGUCUGUAAUUUCACAGUGCCUUAUUUCUGCUAAUAUUUAUCUCAGUGUAAAUACUCAGUAUUUAUUUAAAUAGUAUUAUGUGACUGACUGAGUUGCUUGCAGUGUACAUGUAACACCAUAAGAGAAAACAAUUAGACAAGAACAAAAUGCUUUUCAAAGUGACCAUAGUGCACUUAAAUGCUUUACAGUAAUAUGUGAUAAGACUCUCAGCAAAUGAUGGAAAUAAGCAAAUAGUUCACUAUUUUAUACUUGAACUGUAAUGUAAAUAAAAUAUUUUCAAGUAAA